AUGUCAUCGCCCGAGACGACCUCGAAGCGCACGCGCUCGGACGAGCCCGAGUCGACGGCGAAGAAGACCAAGAUCUCGCGCACAUAUGAGGACCUCGUGGCCCUCAGCAAGGCCGACCCGCGCUUCGCCGAGCGCUUUGAGGGCCGGCCGAAGAGCUGGGUCUCGACCGCGACCAUGAAGAAGAGCUCCAAGGCGCAGUACAAGCGCGUCGUCGCGCUCGAUUGCGAAAUGUGCGUGACGAUAAGCUCGAGGAGAGACGACCGCGACUCGAAGGCCUUGGUGCGCGUGACGCUCAUCGACGGCGAGGACCCGGAUGUGAUUCUCGUCGACCUCAUCGUGCACCAGCCGCCGGUGGGCCGCAUCAUCAUUGACUACAAGACCAACGUCCAUGGCCUCACGGGCGAGCUCAUUUACAGCUCCAAGAUUGACGUGGCCCGCGCGCGCAAAGAAGUGCUCAAGUACAUGGGCCCCGACACGAUCCUCGUCGGCCACAGUGUCGACGGCGAUUUGGCGAGUCUGCUAAUCAGUCACACCAACGUCAUUGACACGGCGCUCAUCUACAAGCGCAUCGACGUGCCCGAGCUGAGGAGUACGCCGGGCCUUCGCGACCUCACGCAGCAGCUGCUCAAAAUCGAGAUGCCGCCGAUCCACGACUCGUUCUUGGACGCCAAGAUGACGAUGCUCGCCGCCACGUAUGCGCUCACAAACCCGGUCGGCGAAGUGAUCGCGUACGAAGCGCCCACAUCGAAAUGGGGGCCGCCGACGCCGGUGCCCAUGGCUGUCGGAAAGCCAGCCGCUGCCCCGGUGACGAUGCCGCCGUCCGUCAAGACGAUCACGUCGCCGCCGUCCGUCGCGGCGACCACGUCGGCCACGCCCAGCGCCGUUGGCGUCUUCAGCCAAGACAUUCAAAACUACGUGACGACAACGACAUCGGUCGUGCCUGACAUGGUUGAAAACGUUGUCUUCAAGUCGCAGUGGGGUUCGAGCUCCGUGAUCUUUCCGUCGGCGGCGCAUGCCGACCUCGCCUUCGCGAUGCUGACAGGCGUCGAGUCGCGGGACCCUCUGGACCGCGUCGUCAAGGCGGUCGAGAUCACCAACAAGACUGGCACCGUCUUCAAGAAGAUCAAGAUCAUGACGGCCAAGAGAUAA